AUGACACAUAUCUGGUCCAUGGAAUGGAAUGGAAACCACUCCUCUGUGACCAUAUUUGUUCUCCUGGGUCUCUCAGAUGAAAAAGAGCUACAGCUCAUCCUCUUUCCAAUAUUCCUAGGGAUCUACCUUGUGACACUUAUCUGGAACCUGGGUCUCAUUCUCCUAAUCAAGAUGGACUCUCAACUGCACACACCCAUGUAUUUUUUUCUGAGUUUCCUGUCAUUUGUAGACAUAUGUUGUUCUUCUUCUGUCAGUCCCAGGAUGCUUUCAGAUUUCCUAAAAAAUGAGAAAACGAUUCCCUUCAUUGCCUGUGUCACUCAAUAUUUUGUUGUGGCCUGGAUGUCACUGACUGAAUGCUGUCUGUUGGCCGGCAUGGCCUAUGACCGAUAUGUUGCCAUUGGUAGUCCUCUGCAGUACUCAGCCAUCAUGACCCUUGGCCUUUGUGGAAAGAUGGUCACUGGGGCAUAUGUGAGUGGUUUACUUAGCAGUUUAUCUCAAUUAUUCUCUUGCUUUUAUCUUUACUUCUGUGGGCCAAAUAUCAUUCAACAUUUCUUCUGUGAUUUCCCUCAGAUUAUUUCCUUGUCUUGCUCUAACAGCUUCAUCAGCCAAAUGACUCUUCUGGUAGCUAUUUUUGUUGGAUUUGGUUCUUUGCUUAUUAUCCUCUUAUCCUAUGGUUUUAUUGCAGCCUCAAUACUGAAAAUAUCCUCAGGCAAAGGUUCUGCCAAGGCCUUCAAUACCUGUGCCUCCCACCUGACAGCAGUGACACUCUACUAUGGCACAGCUUUCUCUGUAUAUUUGCAUCCCAAAUCUGGUCACUCCAUGAAGCAGGACAAGGUGCUGUCAUUGUUCUAUGUCAUCAUCAUCCCCAUGUUAAAUCCGCUGAUCUAUAGUCUGAGAAACAAAGAGAUCAAAGCAGCUCUCAAGAGACUUAUAAAGAGGGCAACAGGUUUACCUCAUUUAGAAUAA